AUGAGCUCGUCCCUGGGUGUUACUGUACUGACAAGCGUGGCGCAGGAGGUCAAGCAGAGCAAGGAGCGAAAGUUUACGGAUGUGCAUGGAGAAAUGCUCGCAUCUCUUCCAUUUGAGGACCUUCAAUUGCUGCAAAUGGCCAGUGAAUUGGUGGAGAGAGAUCUGGUAGUUAAAGUGACGGCGACGCCGUCCCAACGGAGUUUCUAUCGCGUAGAAUCGCUUAACAAAUAUAAGAAACGAGACCAAGAAGCCGAUACGUCUAUUGAGAGUGUGACACAGCCAUUUGAUGACUCAAUGGUGAGUGGAAGUGGUGCAAAUUACUACAACUGCUUUAGUCAUUAUUGUACCUGUGCCGUCUUUCAUGAGACAACGGUGAUGACACAUUCAACAGCAAUGUGCAAACAUAUGGUCGCACGAUUACUGGCAGACGCGACUGGUCAGUAUCAGAUGAUGCAGGUUGAAGAUGCCAAUUUUGCGCAAAUGCUCUGUCCUCCUUCCACAAUGAAGUAA